AUGUCUCAAACGGAACCGCAGACUCAGAAGUCGCAUUUCGGCGUGGACUUCCUCAUGGGCGGCGUUUCUGCUGCCAUUGCGAAGACGGGAGCUGCCCCCAUCGAACGGGUAAAGCUGUUGAUGCAGAACCAGGAGGAGAUGCUGAAGCAGGGGUCGCUAGACUCGCGGUACCUGGGCAUCGCGGAGUGCUUUAAGAGGACUGCCGCACAUGAGGGCAUUCUGUCGUUCUGGAGGGGUAACACGGCCAAUGUGCUUCGGUACUUCCCCACGCAGGCGCUGAAUUUCGCGUUCAAGGAUAAGAUCAAGUCGCUGUUGAGUUAUGACAGGGACCGGGAUGGUUACGCCAAGUGGUUUGCCGGUAAUCUGUUUUCAGGCGGGGCCGCGGGCGGUUUGUCGCUGAUGUUUGUGUAUUCGCUGGACUAUGCUAGGACAAGGCUUGCUGCGGAUGCGAGAGGGUCGAAGUCGAAGUCGACUUCGACUUCGACUUCGACUUCGACACCUUCGCAAAGACAGUUCAGUGGGCUGCUGGACGUGUAUAGGAAGACGCUAAAGACGGACGGUGUGUUGGGUCUGUACCGCGGGUUCUUGCCCUCGGUGUUCGGGAUUGUUGUGUACCGGGGUCUGUACUUCGGCCUGUACGACUCCUUCAAGCCUGUGUUAUUGACGGGCGCCCUGGAGGGGUCGUUCGUGGCCUCAUUCCUGCUUGGUUGGGUCAUCACCGUAGGCGCUUCCACUGCGUCGUAUCCUCUGGACACUGUGAGACGAAGAAUGAUGAUGACCUCAGGGCAGGCCGUCAAGUACGACGGCGCCAUGGACUGUAUGAGGAAGAUCGUUCAGCAAGAGGGCGUCUACUCGCUGUUUAAGGGUUGCGGCGCCAACAUCUUCAGAGGCGUGGCCGCGGCCGGUGUUAUCUCGCUGUAUGACCAGUUGCAGCUGGUCAUGUUCGGCAAAAAAUUCAAGUAA